CCGUGGCGGCUGCGCGGCGCCGGGGCUCUGGGACCGUGGUGCGUGGGCCGCGGCUGCCGGCGACACCGAUCCGUCCCCGGCCGAUCGGAGGCGGGCCUCGCGCGGCCUCCCUGAGUCGCUCCGCCCGGCGGGGCCGCGGCCCGUUCGCCCGCACGCCGCGGACUCGGACGGCCCAGGGACGAAUGAAUGAAUGAGCGGGCGAGGGGACGGCGGACCGGGCGCCGGGCUUCUCCUCGGGUGACCCCUCGGCGGCGAGCCGCAGCGCGGGGCGGGGGACAGGAUGAACCGGGCCAAGCCCGCGACGGUCCGCAGGCCCAGCGCGGCGGCCAAGCCGUCAGGGCACCCUCCACCAGGAGACUUCAUUGCUCUGGGCUCAAAGGGUCAGGCCAACGAAUCCAAAACGGCGUCCACCCUGUUGAAGCCUGCCCCUUCUGGCCUGCCUUCCGAGCGCAAGCGGGACGCCGCAGCUGCUUUGGCGGGCGCCUCAGCCCUGACCGGCCUCACCAAGCGCCCCAAACUCUCGUCCACACCCCCCCUGAGUGCCCUGGGGCGCCUGGCUGAGGCUGCAGUGGCAGAAAAGCGUGCUAUUUCUCCAUCCAUUAAAGAGCCAUCUGUGGUCCCAAUUGAAGUGCCCCCCUCCGCGCUGCUGGACGAGAUCGAGGCCGCCGAGCUGGAGGGCAAUGACGGCCGGAUCGAGGGCGUGCUGUGUGGGGCCGUGAAGCAGCUAAAGGCCACCCGGGCCAAACCGGAUGGCGCGCUCUACCUGAGCCUCAUGUAUCUGGCCAAGAUCAAGCCCAACAUCUUCGCCACAGAGGGUGUCAUCGAGGCUCUGUGUAGCCUGCUGCGGCGGGAUGCCUCCAUCAACUUCAAGGCCAAGGGGAACAGCCUGGUGUCCGUGCUGGCCUGUAACCUACUCAUGGCUGCGUACGAGGAGGAUGAGAACUGGCCGGAAAUCUUCGUCAAGGUGUACAUCGAAGACUCCCUGGGCGAGCGGAUCUGGGUGGACAGCCCACACUGCAAGACCUUCGUGGACAACAUCCAGACGGCGUUUAACACCAAGAUGCCCCCCAAGACCAUGCUUCUGCAGGGGGAGGUGGGGCGCAGCGGCGGGGAUCUCAGUGCUGGGAGCAGCCCUCACCCUUCCCUCACGGAGGAGGAGGACAGCCAGACAGAGCUCUUGAUUGCCGAGGAGAAGCUCAGCCCCGAGCAGGAGGGCCAGCUCAUGCCCAGGUACGACGACCUCACGGAGAGCGUGGAGGAGUACGUCCUCGACAUGCUCCGUGACCAGCUUAACCGGCGCCAGCCCAUCGACAACGUCUCACGGAACCUCUUGCGGCUCCUCACCUCCACCUGUGGCUACAAGGAGGUGCGGCUGAUGGCGGUGCAGAGGCUGGAGAUGUGGCUGCAGAACCCCAAGCUGACCAGGCCAGCCCAGGACCUGCUGAUGUCCGUGUGCAUGAACUGCAACACACACGGCGUUGAGGACAUGGACGUCAUCUCCCACCUGAUCAAGAUCCGCCUCAAGCCCAAGGUUCUCCUCAAUCACUACAUGCUGUGUGUGAGGGAGCUGCUGAGCGCACACAAGGACAACCUGGGCACCACCAUCAAGUUCGUGGUCUUCAACGAGCUCUCCAACGCCCGGAACCCCAACAACAUGCAGAUCCUCUACACGGUGCUGCAGCACAGCUCGGAGCUGGCGCCGAAGUUCCUGGCUAUGGUGUUCCAGGACCUGCUGACCAAUAAGGACGACUACCUGCGGGCCUCGCGGGCGCUACUGCGGGAGAUCAUCAAGCAGACCAAGCACGAGGUCAACUUCCAGGCCUUCUGCCUUGGGCUCAUGCAGGAGCGCAAGGAGCCCCAGUACCUGGACAUGGAGUUCAAGGAGCGGUUUGUGGUGCACAUCACGGACGUGCUGGCCGUGGCCAUGAUGCUGGGCAUCACCGCCCAGGUGAAGGAGGCUGGCACCGCCUGGGACAAAGGAGAAAAGAAGAACCUCGAGGUGCUGCGGUCCUUCCAGAACCAGAUUGCCGCAAUCCAGCGGGAUGCCGUGUGGUGGCUGCACACUGUUGUUCCCUCCAUCAGCAAGCUCGCCCCCAAGGACUACGUGCACUGCCUGCACAAGGUGCUCUUCACCGAGCAGCCGGAGACCUACUACAAGUGGGACAACUGGCCCCCCGAGAGUGACCGCAAUUUCUUCCUCCGCCUCUGCUCGGAGGUGCCCAUCCUGGAGGACACACUGAUGCGCAUCCUGGUCAUCGGGCUGUCCCGGGAGCUCCCUCUGGGCCCCGCAGAUGCCAUGGAGCUCGCCGACCACCUGGUGAAACGAGCUGCGGCCGUACAGGCAGAUGAUGUGGAAGUGCUGAAGGUGGAGAGGAUCCAGCUGAUCGACGCGGUCCUGAACCUGUGCACCUACCACCACCCGGAGAACAUCCAGCUCCCCCCCCGGGUAAGGUACCAGCCUCCGAACCUGGCCAUCUCCACCCUCUACUGGAAGGCGUGGCCCCUCCUGCUGGUGGUCGCAGCGUUCAACCCCGAGAAUAUCGGCCUGGCUGCCUGGGAGGAGUACCCCACGCUGAAGAUGCUCAUGGAAAUGGUGAUGACCAACAACUACUCGUACCCGCCGUGCACCCUGACAGACGAGGAGACCCGGACAGAGAUGAUUAAUCGGGAGCUGCAGACCUCCCAGCGGGAAAAGCAGGAGAUCCUGGCGUUCGAGGGGCAUCUGGCGGCGGCUUCCACCAAGCAGACCAUCACCGAGAGUAGCAGCCUUCUCCUGUCCCAGCUCACCAGCCUGGACCCUCAAGGACCCCCUCGGAGGCCUCCCCCUCACAUCCUGGACCAAGUGAAAGGCCUCAACCAGUCCCUGCGUCUCGGGCAUCUGCUGUGCCGGAGCCGAAGCCCCGAUUUUCUCCUCAACAUUAUCCAGAGGCAGGCCUCCUCGCAGUCCAUGCCCUGGCUGGCCGACCUGGUGCAGUCGAGCGAGGGCUCCCUGGACGUGCUGCCCGUGCAGUGCCUGUGCGAGUUCCUGCUGCACGACGCGGCCGACGACGCCACCUCCGGGGAGGAGGAGGAGGAGGGCGAGAGCAAAGAGCAGAAGGCCAAGAAGCGGCAGAGGCAGCAGAAGCAGCGGCAGCUGCUGGGCCGCCUGCAGGACCUGUUGCUGGGCCCCAAGGCCGACGAGCAGACCACGUGCGAGGUGCUGGACUACUUCCUGCGGCGCCUCGGCUCCUCCCAGGUGGCCUCCAGGGUGCUGGCCAUGAAGGGCCUGUCCCUGGUGCUGUCGGAGGGCAGCGUGCGGGAUGGGGAGGAGAAGGAGCCCCCGAUGGAGGAGGACCCGGGGGACCCAGAGGCGCUGCGCGGCUACCAGUGGCUGCUGCGGGACCUGCCCCGGCUGCCUCUGUUCGACAGCGUCCGGCCCACCACCGCCCUGGCGCUGCAGCAGGCUAUCCACAUGGAGACUGACCCGCAGACCGUCAGCGCCUACCUGGUGUACCUGUCCCAGCACACACCUGUGGAGGAGCAGGGCCAGCACAGUGACCUGGCACUGGACGUGGCCCGGCUGGUCGUGGAGCGCUCCACCAUCAUGUCCCACCUGUUCUCGAAGCGCUCCUGCAGCGCGGAGUCGGACGCCGUGCUCGUCGCUCUGCUCUCUAUUUUCUCUCGCUACGUGAGGCGCAUGCGCAAGAGCAAGGAGGGGGAGGAGGUGUACAGCUGGUCGGAGUCCCAGGACCAGGUCUUCCUUCGCUGGACCAGCGGGGAGACGGCCACCAUGCACAUUCUGGUGGUCCACGCCAUGGUCAUCCUCCUGACACUGGGGCCACCCCGUGCUGGUGACGGCGAGUUCCAGGCUCUGCUGGAUAUCUGGUUCCCGGAGAAGCAGCCUCUGCCCACGGCCUUCCUAGUGGACACGUCCGAGGAGGCGCUGCUGCUGCCCGACUGGCUGAAGCUGCGCAUGAUCCGCUCGGAAGUCCCUCGUCUGGUAGACGCCGCCCUGCAGGACCUGGAGCCCCAGCAGCUGCUGCUCUUUGUGCAGUCGUUUGGCAUCCCCGUGUCCAGCAUGAGCAAACUCCUCCAGUACCUGGACCAGGCGGUAGCCCAUGACCCCCAGACCCUGGAGCAGAACAUUAUGGACAAGAAUUACAUGGCUCACCUGGUUGAAGUUCAGCACGAGAGAGGAGCGUCUGGAGGCCAGACCUUCCAUUCCUUGCUCACGGCCUCCCUGCCCCCGCGGCGAGACAGCGCAGAGGUGCCCAAACCCAAAAGCAGCCCGGAGCAGCCUUCGGGCCAGGGCCGGACCCGGGCUGUGACCCAGGUGCGGGAGCUUGCCCCCGAGGACGACCUGGCCAGCAUGCUCCUGCAGAUCUUCCCGCUGAGCCCAGGCCCGCGGUGGCAGAGCUCCAGCGCCCGCCCUGCUGCCCUCGCGCUGCAGCAGGCCUUGGGCCAGGAGCUGGCCCGCGUCCGUCAGGGGAGCCCCGAGGUGACAGGCGUCACUGUGCGCCUCCUGCAGGCCAUCGCCACCCUGCUCAACUCCCCGCACAGCGGGGCCCUGGUGAUGUCCAUGCACCGGAGCCACUUCCUCGCCUGCCCUCUGAUGCGCCAGCUGUGCCAGUACCAGCGCUGUGUGCCCCAGGACACUGGCUUCUCGUCACUCUUCCUCAAAGUGCUCAUGCAGACGCUACAGUGGCUGGACGGCCCCGCUGGGGAGGGGGGGCCCCUGCAGGCCCAGCUCAAGCUGUUCGCCGCCCAGUACUCAGCGCGCCACAGGAUCAGCGACGUGCGGAGCGGGCUCCUGCGCCUAGCCGAGGCCCUGGCGUUCCGAGGGGACUUAGAGGUGGUCAGCUCCACCGUCCGGGCUGUGGUCACCACCCUCAAGUCAGGGGAGAAGUGUGGCGUGGAGCCCGAGCUUGUCGGCAAAGUCCUCCAGGGUCUGAUUGAGGUGGGGUCCCCUCACCUGGAGGAGCUGCUGGCUGCGCUCUUGGCCCCUGCCCCCACGUCCCCGACCUUGCGGCCCGUCACCGUGGUGAGCUCCCUGCUGCUGCAGGAGAAGGAGCCCCCGGCCCCAGGGGAGCCGGAAGCCGACGGCUGCAGCCCGGAGGCCGUACAGCUGGGACCCUGCUCGGGGCUGCUUGUCGACUGGCUGGAGAUGCUAGACCCCGAGGUGGUCAGCAGCUGCCCUGACCUGCAGCAGAGGCUGCUCUUCUCCCGGAGCAAGGGCAAAGGUCAUCCCGGCCCUCAGGUGCCAUCUUUCCGACCCUACCUGCUGGCCCUCCUCACUCACCAGUCCAGCUGGUCCACGCUGCACCAGUGUAUCCGCAUCCUGCUGGGCAAGAACCGGGAGCAGAGGUUUGACCCUUCAGCCUCUCUGGACUUCCUCUGGGCCUGCAUCCACGUUCCACGGAUCUGGCAGGGAAGGGACCAGCGCACCCCUCAGAAGCGGCGGGAGGAGUUGGUGCUGCGGGUCCAGGCGGCAGAGCUCAUCGGCCUGGUAGAGCUGAUCCUGGCGGAGGCGGAGGCCAGGAGCCAGGACGGGGACGCCGCCGCCUGCAGCCUCCUCCAGGCCCGGCUGCCCUUGCUGCUCAGCUGCUGCCGUGGACACGACGAGAGCGUCAGGAAGGUGACGGCGCACCUGACAGGCUGCAUGCAGCAGUGGGGCGACAGCGUGCUGGGCAGGCGCUGCCGGGACCUGCUGGUGCAGCUCUACCUGCAGUGGCCGGAGCUGCGGGUGCCCGUGCCUGAGGCCCUGCUGCACAGUGGAGGUGCCACGGGCAGCAGUACCUGCAAGCUGGACGGCCUCAUCCACCGCUUCAUCACCCUCCUCGCGGACACCAGCGACUCCCGGUCGUCGGAGAACAGAGUGGCCGACGCUAACAUGGCCUGCCGCAAGCUGGCUGUGGCCCACCCCAUCCUGCUGCUCAGGCACCUGCCCAUGAUCGCUGCGCUCCUUCACGGCCGCACCCACCUCAACUUCCAGGAGUUCCGGCAGCAGAACCACCUGACCUUCUUCCUGCACGUGCUGGGGGUCCUGGAGCUGCUGCAGCCUCAGGUGUUCCAGAACGAGCACCAGGGGGCGCUGUGGGACUGUCUGCGCUCCUUCGUCCGCCUGCUGCUGAGCUACAGGAAGUCUUCCCGCCACCUGGCGCCCUUCAUCCACAAGUUCGUGCACUUCACCCACAAGUACGUGACCUGCAACGCCCCGGCGGCCGUGUCCUUCCUGCAGAAACACGCGGAUGCGCUGCACGACCUGUCCUUCGACAGCAGUGAUCUGGUGAUGCUCAAGUCCCUCCUUGCAGGGCUGAGCCUUCCCAGCAGGGAUGGUAGAGCUGACCGGGGCCUGGACGAGGAGGGCGACGAUGAGAACUCGGCUGGUUCCCUGCCCCUGGUCAGUGUCUCCCUGUUCACGCCCCUGACGGCAGCAGAAAUGGCUCCCUACAUGAAGAGGCUUUCCCGGGGCCAGACUGUUGAGGACGUGCUGGAAGUUCUGAGCGACAUAGACGAGAUGUCUCGGCGGAGACCUGAGAUCCUGGGUUUUUUCUCGACCAGCCUGCAGCGGCUGAUGAGCUCUGCUGAGGAACCCUGCCGCAACCUGGCCUUCGGCCUGGCCCUGCGCUCCAUCCAGAACAACCCCAGCUUUGCAGCGGACUUCUUGCCCACGUUCAUGUGCUGCCUGGGCAGCCGGGACUUCGAGGUGGUACAGACGGCCCUCAGGAACCUGCCCGAGUACACCCUCCUCUGCCAAGAGCACGCGGCGGUGUUGCUGCACCGGGCCUUCCUGGUGGGCGUGUACGGGCAGAUGGACACCAGCGUCCAGAUCUCCGAGGCCCUGAGGAUCCUGCACAUGGAAGCGGUGAUGUGAGCCAGCCUGGCAGCCUCCCUCCGCUGGCCUCCUGCUGGUCUCCUCUGGGGCGAGGAGGGCUCUGAGCCGCCGCAGCAGUGCCCACGGCCCGUGGCUCCCUGCCUGCACAAUGACGGGAGCAGACGCUGAUGUCCCUGCGAGCCACGGCAAGGGGCUGGUUGAAAUGAAACGUUCUGAAUUCCCCGA